AUGAUCGUGGUCACGGUAAAAACUCCGAAAGAUAAAGAGGAGAUAGCGAUCUCGGAGGAUUCUUCUGUCGCACAGGUAUUCGCAUUUAUAUCUACAUUCAGUUAUGCAAGUCAUGCUGUGGCUAACAAGCAUAAAUCGAAGUUAGCUAGCUAACUAGUAGCUAGCUAGUUUACGACGUUAGGUGGGAGAAUUAUCCCAAUUUCCCGACUAGUAAUAUUUCUUUUCAGCUUGUCCAUUUCCUUGAAAAUAGGUUCCUAAUAGUAGUUGACUUGUGUUUUCGUACAUAAUCGGUACUGUGUAAAGACAUAUUAUAGGAAGCAUGAGUUAGCUAACUACGUAACUAGCUAACGUUAGCUUGUGAGCCAGCAAACGAGACAGUUACGUUUGUCGCUGUCAGGCUCAUAUAGCUAACUAACGUUAGCCGCGAUCAGGCUAGCUGAUAACCGGCUAGCCAACGGAGUACCCGGCCAUUGCGAAAGCCAAUCGGGAAACUGAUCGUAAUCUUACGGCUAGCGACAUGGUUAAUGCUGUAUUUGGUGACUUCCUAAACCAUUAACAUUUGGCUUCAUGGUCCUUAUAAAACUUAAAGCGUCAGCUAGCAGAUUCACAUAGUUAGCUAGCUAACGUUAACUGUCGAGAUAGCUAAGUCAAGAUAACUUUUUUUUUCCAAGACUGAAUCAUUUGGAUGUGUAUCUAUCCUCUUUAUUCCCAUGUGUCUUCACCGGCCACUUCAUUCUGUCUCGUGCAUACAGUUUAAAGAGGCGAUAUCCAAAAGGUUUAAUGCCAAGCAGGACCAGCUGGUGUUGAUUUUUGCUGGCAAAAUCUUAAAGGAUGGGGACACACUGAACCAACACGGCAUCAAGGACGGACUCACUGUUCACCUUGUCAUCAAGACUGCUCCCAAGUAAGAAGAUGUUGGUUCUCUACCAUUUCUUGCCCACUAUUCUUGUUACAAGAUUUUGUGUGUGUGUGAUAAUAGGAACAUUUAGGUUGUUGAUGACCUCGCUUUUUAUCCAGGGCCACAGGUGGUGGCACAUCCCAGGCCUCAGCAUCCAGCUCUGGGAACCCCCAGGCCAACAGCAGCGUCAACCCCAGCCCAGCGCCCAAUGCCAGCACAACACCAGGCACUGGGCCUACCCCAGCCUCCACACAGCCACCCAACUUACUGAGUUAGUGACCCAGUCCCCACUAAACAGUCUCACAGAAAGAUGGCCAUAUUGCCAUACAACUACUCAACAUCCACACAACUAGGCACUAACGUAUAUCCUGCCAUUAAUCCACCGCCCCCUUGUGUCUGCAUAGGUGGGUUUGGUGACCUAUCUAACCUGUCAGGCAUGGGCAUGGGCUCGGCCAACUUCAUGGAGAUGCAGCAGCAGAUGCAGAGACAGCUGAUGUCCAACCCGGAGAUGCUGUCUCAGAUCAUGGACAACCCUCUGGUGCAGAACAUGAUGUCCAACCCAGACCUGAUGAGGCAGAUGAUCGUGACCAACCCUCAGAUGCAGCAGCUGAUGGAGCGCAAUCCUGAGAUCUCCCACAUGCUCAACAACCCUGAGCUCAUGAGACAGGUCUGGAGCUCAGAUGGGUCCUUUGCUAGAGGUGUCAUAGGCUUGGUUCUGGGGAAUCAUUGUGUGUCUUGUCUUUAUUUAAUCAGUCUAAAAGAACCUACGCUUGAAGAGCACAUUACUUAGAUCCAUUUUGCUUGUUUAUGUAGUUAGCUUGCAAUGUAGUUUAAAUGUAAAAAGGGGCCUAUGUAACAGGGCAAAUGUACAUAGGCUCAAACCCUUAAACUAGACCGCACCACUCCCAAAACGUUGGGAGGAAUGGAUGUGAGGAGGCUCUUGCACAGAUGCAUAACGUUAACUCCCUUCCUCUCUUCAGACCAUGGAGUUGGCAAGGAACCCAGCCAUGAUGCAAGAGAUGAUGCGUAACCAGGACCGGGCGCUUAGCAACCUGGAGAGCAUCCCUGGGGGCUACAACGCCCUCCGGAGGAUGUACACAGACAUCCAGGAGCCUAUGUUCAGUGCCGCUAGAGAGCAGGUAGCUAUUAUUCCUGCGAAUACCAUAUGUAGAAAUACAAUCAUCUUGAAUCAAGUCAGGUUGUGACUUAGUCCACUUUUCUUCCAUCCAUAGUUUGGAAACAAUCCCUUCUCUGCUUUGGGGGGCAACUUGGACUCUGGCGUGCAGCCCUCCAGAACAGAGAACAGGGAGCCCUUACCAAACCCCUGGGGACCCCCUGGAACGACCCCCUCAGAGAGCAGGGGGACUGGCGCCUCCACGACAACAACAACAACAACCUCCUCCGCUGGCGGGACUGCACCCAGUGCCUCCAACCCCCUGGGCAUCAACGCCUCUGGGCUGGGCAACGGUAAUAAAACUACCUCAGAAGAACUUUCACCUUUUAGUCAAUCUGCAAAACUAUAUUUCCCCUUACACCUGUAUUAACAAACCAACCUUAAGUAUAACCCUUGUUUUCCUGCUUAGCUGAUCCUUGGUCUGUUUCUCUCACUCCACUCCCUAUAAUCUGUCCAGGUGGGUUCGGUAGCCCUGGCAUGCAUAGUCUGAUGCAGCAGAUCUCCGAGAACCCCCAGUUGAUGCAGAACAUGCUGUCUGCACCCUACAUGCGCAGUAUGAUGCAGUCGCUGGCGCAGAACCCCGACCUUGCCUCACAGGUCUGCACAACUUCAGCCCUCUCUGCUUAUUGAAAGAAACAGAAGUCCUGAAUCCUACUGAUAAAUGGAAUAUUCUAGGCUAUUUUGUGUGAAGAGUAGAAUCAUUGCUUAAUCCUUUACUCAUUCCCUCAGGCAAUGCUGAACAACCCCCUCUUUGCCGGAAACCCCCAGUUACAGGAGCAGUUGAGACAUCAGAUGCCGGUCUUUCUCCAACAGGUCCGAUUUCUGUCUCCAGUUAUACAUUUUAGUUCCACAUACUGAUAACACUGUCAUCUUUAUUUUUUUCUUGUUAUGGAAGGCAUUGAGUUUCUGACUGUUGUGACUAAAUGGAACACAAUUUGGAUUAACCAACUAGAUGGUUAUCUUACAGAUGCAGAAUCCUGAGUCACUGUCCGUGAUGACUAACCCCCGGGCCAUGCAGGCUCUCAUGCAGAUCCAGCAGGGCCUGCAGACCCUACAAACGGAAGCCCCCGGACUCAUGCCCAGGUACUGUACCAUCUGUUAUCCAGUAGAUGCUUACUGGCCAGACUCGUGCUUUAUACCUUUGAUUUUAUUGAUGAUUAUCAUGCCACUUAAACUGUGAUUCUUCUCCUAGUUUGGCUCCUGGUGGGAUCCCAGUGAUUCCUCCAACCACAGGAGGCAGUGUGGCCCCAGAAAACCUUCCUCCCCCAACACAGGGCUCAAAUCCCACCGCUGCCACCAACCCAUCCCAGCAACAGCAGCAGCUCAUGCAGCAGAUGUUACAGAUGUUUGCUGGAGGAGGCGGCGGCUCAUCGGUAAGUUUUGACUUUCUACUUGGUAACUAUACUUUGCUGUUGUCCAGUGGGUUAGCAUUAGCUUUGUGUUUCUACUGACUUUAUUGACCUAAAGCCAAUGAAUACUGGAAGUGAGACUUGUCUCCUAACAGUCACUCAAAUAGGACCCCAGCAACAUUUUCCAUGCAGGUUCAUCUAAAAAAUGACUUUGGCUAUGCUCCCCUUUGCAGACCCAAACCGUAACCCCGGAGGUGCGGUUUCAGCAGCAGCUGGACCAGCUCAGCGCCAUGGGCUUCAUCAACCGCGAGGCCAACCUGCAGGCCCUCAUCGCCACGGGGGGAGACAUCAACGCUGCCAUUGAGAGACUGCUGGGCUCCCAGCCCUCCUAA